CGGAGUAUGCUUCACGUGAGAAGCUAACUCAUUAGCUCGCUAGAACCGUGGAAAAACACGGAUAUUUAGACUUUUUUUCAUGACAAAGUCCUCACUUUGACUUCUUAUCAGUCUUCAGUCCCUCGUCACCGUGGUUUUAUUACUGAAUAAUGACGGAAACUACGAGUCAGCAGUUUUCGUCAGCGUCACCUGGCAGCUGUCCCCCAGGGUCCCACAGUGAUGCUCCCUGUACACAGGCUCCUGGCUGCGAUGAGCCAGAAGGAAACACAGAGAUGGAGAGGGAUGGUGUUUUAACUGCUGAGGUGGUCUCCAGCUGUGUGUCCAACCUUGGACGCUGUGGCACUGGGCUGCAACAUUUGUACCGACACCUGUCUCUGCCUAGUCAGGAUCUCCAUGACAUCUCAGUUUUAUGCAGUUAUGUCCAUCUUCAAAAGCUGGAGCUGCCACACAACAAAGUUAAAGAUUUAUCCUGUGUGAGCCACAUGCCCUACCUCGCCAUCCUGGAUGCCUCUCACAACGAAAUCUCCAGCUUCUUUGGAUUCCAGCCGCCCAAGAACCUAAAAGAGGUCAAUUUCUCUCACAACUGUAUGACGAAAAUGAAGGAUUUGUCAGCCUAUUCAUCCCUUAGUUACCUGGAUCUGGGCUACAACAGCCUCAGUGAGAUCAGUGGUCUUGAGCAAUGUUGCAAGCUCACCCAUCUCAGCCUGGCACACAACAAGAUCUCGAGGAUCAGCGGCCUGGACAGCCUGCCUCUCACACACCUCUGCCUUAGGGGGAACCAGCUGGAGAGGAUUGAGGGGUUGGAGAAUCUAAAGAAUCUGCAGGUUCUGGACUUGUCUCUGAACCGCAUCACCAGUCUGUCUGGCCUCCAGAAUCUACACCUACUGGGCUCCAUCAAUCUGGAGAAAAACCUGAUUAGUGAAAUACAGGAGUGCAAACACAUCCAUGAUCUUGUCCUGUUGAGGGACCUGAACCUGCUUGGCAACCCUGUACAGGAGCAGCCCGAUUACAGACUGGCAGUCAUUUUCCUCCUUCAACAUCUAGCUGUGCUGGACCAAGUUAAAGUCACCGCAGAAGAAAAGGUGUCAUCAGUAAACAAGUAUGACCCUCCUUUGGAUGUGAUGGCAGCCAGGGAUCACAUGACCAACUUGGUGUAUCAGCUGAUGCAGCCCCAGGUGCUCUAUGACAGCACUAUGCCCAGUGCAGACUCUCCAUAUCCCAUGCUGGUUCUCACUGGUCCUCAAGGCUCUGGGAAGAAAGAGCUGGCUCACAGACUGUGUCGGGAGUUGAACGAAUACUUUGCCUACGGAGUGUGUCACACCACUAGGGGGCCCUACUCCGGAGAGGAAGAUGGAGUUGAUUACCAUUUUGUCAGUGAGGAAGACUUCCAGAACAUGAUUCACAUGGGUAAGUUUAUCCAGACCGCGCAGUAUGGGGAUCACAGCUACGGCCUGACCAGAGAUGCCAUAGAGGAUGUAGCCAGAGAAGGACUCGCCUGCUGUGUGCAUAUGGAGCUAGAGGGUGUGUUCAGUCUGAAGAACAGCUACUUUGAGCCUCGCUACAUCCUGCUCUUCCCCACCCAGGUUGAAAAGUACAGGGGCCACCUGAAAAGCAGUGGUCUCUAUACGCAAGCACAGAUCGACAUGGCGAUAUCACGUAUAGAGCUCUACGCCAAUACCAACAGGCAGCGACCGGGUUUCUUCGAUAAUGUUAUCCCAAGUGAUGACUUGGAAGAAGCCUAUCAGACACUGCAGCAGGUAGUGAAGGAGUACCUGUUGCUAGAGGAGCAGGAAGAAGGAGAGGACAACAACAGAGGUUACCCUGACAACACGUCCACAGGUCACGAGCCAGAGAAGAGGCCACCCUCGCCACCCCUGUCGAGGUCAGGAUCAGGUUCACUCAUGUCACACUCUGCCACAGCUCUCGACCCCUCUGAUCCGUCUUACAGAAACUACCUUACCAAGAUCCAGGCACAGCUCAGCCCUCAGAAGAGCCCUGCUGAGCUAGCUUCCAUCAGGAGGCGUGAGCAGCUGGUCAGAGAGGCUUUAGUGGGGAAGAGUCCAGGGGUCUACAGCCAGCUCUUCAAAAGCUCUGCACAAACAGCACCGUCAUCUCUGCUGAAUCCUGAUGCUCAUUUAAGUGACGACAGCAGCUCGGAUGUGUCUCGUGCCAGUUCAGCUCUAACUGUGCCAAGUUCAGCCGGGGGCUUGUCUGGUUCAGUGGAGCCGCUAGAUAUGUCCGUCCUGGGACACACCUUGGAACCACUCAAAGACCAAAAUCCUGAGGUCAUCUGUCCAGGCACAGAUCAGCCAGAUGUUGCCAUGUCGUCAUCCUCUGAUAGACGUCCUGGAUCCAGCGUCAAGCCCAUCCUGCCACCAAUCCCCACCGGGCGCAAGACCCCCGCAUCAGCCAGUCCGGCUCCGUCACCCAGACCCAGCUCAAACACAGCAGUCGGUGAAGCAUGAGAUGUAGACAGGAAGGGAUAGCCUUUAAGGUUUUAGGGCAUCUGACAUCUAACGAAGUAAAAGUAAAUGGCUUUUAAAGAAUUCGACAUAGAAUUAGAGUGAGAGUAGAAUGGACAUUUUCAUUCAAGUCAACGUAGCAAGAUGGUCACAGUGGCGGCCAUUUUUUGUGUUAACUGCUGCCAGUGCAACUUCUGUAGAGUGCUAACUUCCAUAUAAACUUCUGAUCAGUAAUGAAUUCACUGAGGUGACGUUUUGCAGUCAUGAGAUAACAAGCAGUGGAGUAAUAUGUAUUUAAAUAAGCAGUCUGUUACUUUUAAAAUAUUCCCAUAAUUUAUCAUUGUUUCUUUUAAUAGCAUGUAAUGUUUGUUUGCAUGUAAAUGGUAUAGGUGUUUCUUUGCAAUGAAAUUGUAAGGGCAACUGAAAAUUGCAAAAAUAGUUGUGAUGCUGUCAAGGCGUAUUCAGUGUUUCCCACAGAAUUAAAAUAUAUAUGUGGUGAGGUGAGGGGGAGGGCAGCAACAGCUGUUAAUGCCAUUGACGCAGCACCAAAUUAUUGUCCCCGUGAGAGGCUCUCCUGCUGCUCUAUCUGCCUUGUUAGCACAAGCUAACAGCACAACGUGAUCUCAUCACUACUCGUCAUAUUUUGCUGCUUGGGCAGAAGCCUCACAGCUCAUUAACAUCUGAUACUGAGCAGUUAAUCUCAAACUGAAACGGCUUAUCUCUGUCGUUAUCCUUGUUGACAACAAUUGGGUAAUGUUAGCUAUGUGAUGCUAACAGUUAGCCCUGACAUUGUAUGUGUGUGACUCUGUCCCAGGCACAGAACUCCCGCAACAAGUCUCAUUAUAAACAGGGAGAGAAGGUGGGGCUGGGUGAAUCAAUAAGCUGCACACAGCUCUACAAUAAAAUUAGAUUUCACCCCUUUUAAAUGGUCAAAUCUGCGGUAAAGUUGCGGUGAUUGGACAAAAAUUGCAAGGUCACACAGUAUUCAUGGGGAUUGGCUGAAUUUGCUUUAUUUGUUGCGGUCGCAGCAUUGCAACAUCUUGAAGGGACUGAAUAGGUGUAAGAAUAGGCCAAAACUGAGUUCUCAAAUUAGUGAUCAGACACACUUUACGGCCCGACUGACAUGUGUUGUCACCAUUAACAACUAAUGAUAGUCUCCGUUUUCUUUUGUACCAGUCAAAUGACCACCGCAAACAUUUCAAUGUCCUAUCUGCUCUCAAUCUGUUUCUAAGGAGUACAGUUUGUAAUCAUAAAAUGAAAUGAGAUUAAAAGAUAAAAAUAUAGACUUUAAAGUACAAGCUUGGUCUGUUAAAUUUAAAGAACAAAGGUCUGUACCUGCAUAAAUAAAUAGUCAGUUACAAAACCACAGGUUUGUUGCUAUCUCACCACAAAAUACUCAGAUUGUGUUAUGUGAUACAUCCAAGCCAAACACUUGAGGUUAGCUCUCACUGUCAGCACUUGUCUUUUCCUGCGAGCUGCUACUCAUGCCGCAGCACGUCUGGAUCUUUUGCACUCACUAUAGACAUGAUAACUGUUGGUGUUAAUGACCAUAUAUAUAUAUAUCUGUAUAUAUAUAUAUAUAUAUAUAACAUGACAUAACUUCCUCUUUGUAGUGUAUUCCUGGCAUAUUGACCUGAAGGUGUACAGUGUUGACACACAUUAUAAUUCAGGCUCACACAGAGUGACAAGCAUGUCUUUCAGGCAUGAUAAAUAUCGUAGUGUUGUUAAAGACAACUGCUCAUUUUGUUUUGCACAUCAAUGUGCUCAGAUUCCUGACUGGAGGAGGUAUCUGCUCGUCUCGGCAAAGUUCAUGUCUACAAAGUAUGUGGUACACGUCAUGUUUUAUGAACGUAGCAUUAAUUUUCCUGACAGUGAAGUGGCAUUAUAUUUCCUACUGUUCAGUAAUCUCAUCAAAUGGGAUCCGCCAUUGACAUCCAGAUACUGAUCUUUUAUGUGCAGCAUGGAGCUCUUGUCAUUGGAUGAUAAAUUCAUCAUUAAUCUUUAUCUCCUCUGAUGGGAUUAUUUAUUCAACUGGAAAAGCGUUCAUAUGGAAGUUGUUGACAGGUAUUAAA